CAGCACCCCACGCCCUUGUCCCUAGGAAUUGCAUCUCCUUACCACGCUCCGAGCUACCUUAAUCAGUCUACAUUCCUCGUAUUCAAGAUUUCCCGCGGUACCUAAAGAUACUCACCGCUCAUUAUGUCUGGAUACGACCGAGCUCUUUCAGGACCUUUAGCCCUGAUGGGCACGUCUUCCAGGUGGAAUAUGCUAUGGAAGCUGUCAAGCGAGGAACUUGCGCUGUCGGUGUAAAAGGAAAAGAUGUCGUUGUGUUGGGAUGCGAGAAACGGUCCGCUCUGAAACUCCAAGAUACCCGCAUCACACCAUCGAAGAUCGCCGUCCUGGACAACCACGCUAUCCUCGCCUUCGCUGGCUUAAAUGCUGACGCUCGGAUUCUCAUCGACAAGGCCCGGUUAGAAGCUCAGUCACACCGCUUGACUGUCGAAGACCCCGUCAGCAUCGAAUACAUCACUAAAUACAUUGCCACCGUGCAACAGCGAUACACACAAAGUGGAGGUGUUCGACCCUUUGGUAUCAGCACCUUGGUUGUUGGAUUUGAUCCGAACGAUAAGACGCCCAGACUAUACCAGACGGAGCCAUCGGGUAUCUACUCUGCUUGGAAAGCGAAUGCUAUCGGCCGUUCCAGCAAGACCGUGCGAGAAUUCCUUGAGCGCAACCACCAGGAUGAUAUGGACCGAGAGCAGACGAUUCAGCUUACGAUCAAGUCGCUGCUGGAGGUGGUGCAAACAGGCGCCAAGAAUAUUGAAGUUGCCAUAAUGUCACCGGGCAAGACGAUUGAGAUGCUUCCCGAUGACCAGAUCGAAUCUUACGUCAAGAGCAUAGAGACGGAGAAACAGGAAGAAGCAGCAAAGAAGAAGACUCGGGCCGGCACUACUACGGCGGCCAUCCUAACACGAUCCGGUGGUGGGGAGUCCAGCGAGGCUCGGGAGUAG